CACUGUAUAUACAAUGCGUGCAAUUGAUUGGACAAUAUUCAUAGUUUAAUUUUGAACAUAGUUGUUCGUGAACGAAAUGCGAUUGAAAUAUGCACAUUGAAAUAAGACUGAUCUAAAAUUAUAUAUAAAAUGUUACUUUAGACAAUACCAGUUUCAGUGGGCAAGUUAAGCGUUGUCACGUUGUAUAAUGUGAUCUAUUAAAAUGUAUCGCGCAAAUCAAAAUGGUCAACCUCAGAGGGUGAAUGCUGAACCAAUUCAUCAGAAUUUAGCCAAUGGAAGACAGCCUGCUCCUAUAAAUACUCCAAUGACAGUUUCCGAACAAUUUAGAGAAUCAUGGCUUACUGCUAUCAUUGGACUCAUUAUGUUUGCAACUGGCAUGUGUCUUCUAUUUUGGAACGAGGGAAGAGCAGUAAAAGUAGCAAAUUCUUUAGACGAAGCUUUACAUAAUGUAGCAGUAUUUCCAAACUCGAUAAAAUUAUUACCUGAGUACGAAGGACGUUUAAUUUAUUUAUCUGGUCCGUUGGAUAUAUCAGAACCAUUAACAGAACCUGACUACGGAGUAAUUGUUUCAAGUAUAAAACUGAAACGAAGAGUUCAGAUGUAUCAGUGGAUCGAGAUAGAGGAAGAUCAAAGUUUCGGUGGGGUGGCAGAUGAACACAAGCAUUAUUAUUAUACGACAGAAUGGAAGGAUAAACUUAUAGAUUCUGACGGUUUUUACAUUAGAACUGGUCAUGAGAAUCCAAAAGAAAUGCCCUUUAAAAGUCAAGUACAAAUUGCAGACGAAGCUAAAAUUGGAGUGUUCACCCUUGGGACUGAAUUAAAAAAAAAAUUUAAUGAUUUUAUAGAAGUUACCAGCGAUGAAAGACCCGAGCGUAAAGAUAUCAAAAUGCAUUCUGGUUUAUACUACCAUAGUUCCGAUUUAUGGAAUCCCCAGGUAGGAGAUAUACGUAUACAGUUCUCCUAUGCAGGAAAAGGGGGAGAAAUUUACUCUGUAGUUGGUAUGUUACAAAAAGGGACUAUUGUACCAUAUCUUACAUCUCACGGUGAAGAAAUUUUACUUCAGAGAAAACAUAAAGUGUCUGUAGACCAAAUGUUUCAUUUAGAACAUGUACACAAUUACUGGCGUACAUGGAGUAUUAGAGGUCUUGGCUGGUUAGUUUUGUUUUUGGCAGCAACGUGCUUAGCAAAUAUACUGAGAACAGUAAUUUUGAAUUCAGCAUUCUUAUGCGGAAUUAUUGCAAUUGAAUCAAUAACAAUGUCAGUAUCUAUGUCUAUCAGUAUGUUAGUGAUUGGUUUUGCUUGGGUAUGGUAUCGACCGGUAAUAGGUCUUUGCCUAGCAUUAACAUCAAUUUUACCAUUCAUCUAUUCAACAUUAACAUCGGGAUCUCAAUCGCAACAACGUGACACCUACAGAAGAUUAUGAAUUUUAGUUAAGAAAUUACAAUUUAUGUAUGUACAUACAAUAAUUUAUAAAAAAAGUUUUCAUUAUGCUUUAUAUAUUAUUUUUAACUAGUCUUAUAACAAGUACAAAUCCCCUUAUGCUUAUACUAAUAAAAAAUUAAAAUCAUAGUACAUA